CCCCUCAUGACUGAGAUAUGCAAUACUGGAGUCUUCAACAGAAUGCAGAGGGGAGAAAAACCACCCACAAGUUGUGUGUGCUGUUUGCGUGCUGCUGAAGGAGUACUGUUCACCGUGUUGAGCCUGUGUUGCCAUGGCUGUGUGGGGCAGGAGUCCGUUGCUCAUGACCGUUCUGCUCUGGUUGUGUUUUGGGAGAGCAGCCGCUCUUACAGAACCUGAGAUUUGUUAUGUGCUGGAUGGAAUCCUGUUUUUGUACGGCAUCAUCCUUACAGCUCUCUACUGCAGAAUCAAGCUUAUCAAUGCUAAGGAAGCUGCUGCAGCUGGAAAUGGAAAGCAGACUACAGAAGAAGGCAUCUAUACGGGUUUGACCCCUCAUGCCCAGGACACAUAUGAAAGUAUCGGCAUGAAGAAGUGAUAUGAUGCAUUAAAGUCCAAGUCAGAUGUUUUCUACCUUUUUUUUUUUUUUUUAAGAUUUAGCUUACUUUUGCUGUAUAAGAUAUUUUUGCUACUUUAUCAUAUUUAAUUUGUAUGCAAACAUAUACUGAUGACUAAAAUACUUCACAGACACUUUAUACUGUGAUAAUUAUAAACCAAACCUAAAUGAAUGUUUGCUUGAGGAUUAUAUAUUUUGUUUAAGUGCAAUACUUGAAGCGAUUUUUGCAGACUGCCAGUUUGCUUCCUCUUUUAGGCUAUUUGAAAGAUGUCAGUUUUUGUGUGUGUUAAUCUGUGUAAAUGAAAAAGACAAAUCCACUCUGCAUUUAUUACUUUUAAGUUGAAUUUCUUGUAAUGGCUGAAAUCUUCCUGAUUUCUUUAUGGCACAAAACAGGAAGCAGAAGACAGAUUUCUUGCAGAAGUUGUUCUAAAAGUAUCAACGUUUUGGGAAACAUGGUAGAUUAUAGAUGCAGUUAAUGGCCAAUUAGAAAAAACAUACAUAUAUUCUACAGUGAAGCCUUAGACAUACUGUGCAGUGUUUCCCAUACACCCACAGGAUGGCAGUGAUGUUGUCUGUGACUUGCUCUUUACCUGUCCACAUAUUAUUUUAUUGUUUCUUUCAAUUGCACUGCUAAGUAGUAAAUAUGCUGUAAACCUCCAGCCAUAGGGUGACCAACCUAAAAAUAAAUAAACAUAACAGUUUUCUGA